UAAAUUAUCAAAUGGAUGUUUUUUUUUCCAAUCUAAAUAGAAUAUUCAAAAUGAAAAAUUUUUCAAUCUAAAUAGAAUUGAAGAAGUAUUAAAACUGAGUUGAAAUGGGAAUAUAAUCUUGGAUAUAAUUUAGGGAGCGAUGCGUUCUUUUUCCAAAAUUUUAAGUCAAGAGUAUAGCCAAUCAAAAUUUGACAAUUAAAAAACAUUCUACUACUACUACUACUUAUAAAGUAGAAGAAGCAAAACCAAAUAAUAAAUGCUCUUCUCGUAUUUGGAUUUCGAAAUCAAUAAGCCCUGAUUACUUCGAUCUUUUCAACCCAAGCAAGAAAGAAAGAAAGAAAAUCAAAAUGUCGUCAGGAGUGAUUGGUCAGACUCCGGAAGAAGAUAAGAAGCCAAACGAUCAAUCCGCUCACAUCAACCUCAAAGUCAAGGGUCAGGAUGGAAAUGAAGUUUUUUUCAGGAUCAAAAGAAGCACACAACUGAAGAAGCUGAUGAAUGCCUACUGUGAUAGACAAUCUGUUGAGUUUAACUCAAUUGCCUUUUUGUUUGAUGGUCGCCGUCUUCGAGGAGAGCAGACUCCUGAUGAGCUGGAAAUGGAAGACGGCGAUGAGAUUGAUGCCAUGUUGCACCAAACUGGCGGGCUUUUAUGGAACUAAGUUAUUUGUAUGUAAACUAUAUAUGUAAUGGAAGACUAGACCAUCUUAUGGAUGGAUUUAGGUUAUCUUGUAGGUUUAGGUCCUUGGAAUUGUAGUGAACUUGUUGGUCUUGUUUUGUUCUGGCUCUUGCUGAUAAGUUACCUGGCAACUGUUUAAUGUUUUAAUAGGAUUUAUAAUAUGUUUUAGUAGGAUCUCCAUAGGGUUCACUGCCUGAUGUGUUCACUGCACCAAGUUGUGUAACCUGUGAUGGCAAUGUGCAUGGGAAAUGAGAGUUAUUUUGCAUAUUUUCAGUAA